AUGGCGCAAACGUCGGCGUGGCUCGGUGCAUUAGAAAGGCCGGACUGGCCUGUGACGCCGCCCGUGUCAGCCGCUGCCGCGGCAGCAGCAGUAACAGCAGCUGCUGCAGCAGCAACCGGCGGCGGAGUCACACUGGGCUGCGACUGUGUGGCAUGCCGCGGCAGCAGCGGCCGCAGCAGCUGCUGCCUUCGGGGUCUGAAAGCCAGGCUGGAGGCACUGAAUCUUGGGGUGGAUCCUAGGGAGCUGAAGAUCAACUCCAGGAUCGGCAGCGGCGCAUCAGGGACUGUUUUAAAGGCUGUAUGGAGAGGCUGCGAUGUGGCAGUGAAAGUGCUGCCGAUGGUGCAGCAGCAGCUGUUGCAGCAGGAGCAGCAGCAGCAGCAGCAAGGAAGAAGCGCAUCCGCCGCCGCUGCUGCGGCAGCAGCAGCAGCGGCGCGAGAGCUGCAGAUUAUGAAGCGGCUCAGGUGCCCGAACCUCGUGCUUUUGAUGGGGGCAUGUGCGCUCGAUACUGAUGCUGUGUGCAGCAGCAGCAGCAGCAUUAGCAGCGGCAGAAACAGCAGCAGCGGUUCUUUGAGUUCGAACAGCGCAGCGGAGCUGCUAGCAGCAAGCGGCUGUUGUGGUCCGGGGCUCGCAGUGGUGAUGGAGUUGUGUGCUGGGGGCAGUCUGUUUGGGUUGCUCCACGGGAAGCCAGAGGAUGCACUUGCUGCUGUUGCUGCUAAAGCCCCUGCAGCUGCUCCGGCGGCUGCGCCUGCUCACCGCACGACAACUCGUUGUCAGCUCCCCAAAGCCGCAAGCUCGGCGGUACGACAGGAGCAGCAGCAACUAAAGCUGCAGUAG